UCCCGCGCCGCCCGGAGCCCCCGGCCGCGCCGCCGCGUUCGCGGGCCCCGCGCAGAAGCCGGCGGCGGCGGCAGCAGGACGGGCGGGCGGACGGGCGGGCGGGCGCCGCCGCCAUGAGCGGCUCGUCGGGCACCCCGUACCUGGGCAGCAAGAUCAGCCUCAUCUCCAAGGCGCAGAUCCGCUACGAGGGCAUCCUGUACACCAUCGACACCGACAACUCCACCGUGGCGCUCGCCAAAGUGAGGUCCUUCGGCACGGAGGACCGCCCCACCGACCGGCCGGCGCCGCCGCGGGACGAGAUCUACGAGUACAUCAUCUUCCGGGGUAGCGACAUCAAAGACAUCACCGUGUGCGAGCCCCCGAAGGCCCAGCACGCGCUGCCCCAGGACCCGGCCAUCGUGCAGUCUUCCCUGGGCUCGGCCCCGGCCGCCUCCUUCCAGCCCCACGUGCCUUACAGCCCCUUUCGCGGGAUGCCCCCCUACAGCCAGCUGGCCGCCAGCUCCCUGCUCAGCCAGCAGUACGCCGCCUCCCUGGGCCUCGAGAAGCUGGUAAGCCCUCCGGCCUCAGCCGCAGCCUCCAGCCCUAGCUCUUCUCCGUCUCCACAGCCCGUUUCAGAGCUUGACCUGUCCUCAGAGCCACAUCCGCUCACUUGCAAGGGCUCUGGCUUUCCCGCCAUUCCCGUGGGCAAGAGCCCGAUGGUGGAGCAGGCUGUGCAGACAGGCUCCGUGGACAACCUGACAGCCAAGAAGCUGGCACCUGCCAAGGGCUCCUCAGCCGCACAGCUCAACGGCCGCCCGGCCCAGUCCAGCAGCAAGCCCGCCGCUGAUGCCGUUCAGCCGGCAGCUGUGCAGACGCAGGGGCAGGGCCAGGUGAAUGACGAGAACAGAAGGCCUCAGAGGAGGAGAUCAGGGAAUAGACGAACCCGAAACCGCUCCAGGGGGCAGAGCCGCCCGAGCAACGCCAAGGAGAACACCAUUAGGUUUGAGGGCGACUUUGACUUCGAGAGCGCAAACGCCCAGUUCAACCGUGAGGAACUGGACAAGGAGUUCAAGAAGAAGCUGAAUUUCAAAGAUGACAAGACCGAGGCGGGAGAAGAGAAGGACCCAGCAGUCGUGCCGCAGAGCGACGAGGUCCCUGCGGAGGAUGCCCACCUGGGCCCUAACUGCUACUACGACAAGUCCAAGUCCUUCUUCGACAACAUCUCCUCAGAGCUCAAGAGCAGUUCCAGGAGAACCACGUGGGCCGAGGAGCGGAAGCUCAACACGGAGACCUUCGGGGUGUCAGGACGCUUCCUCCGGGGACGCAGCUUCCGGGGUGGAUUUCGAGGGGGCAGGGGCAAUGGCACGACCCGCCGCAACCCCGCGUCCCACAGGGCGGGGACUGGCAGGGUGUGAUGCUGCCCCCGCUGGGUCGCGCUGAAGCAGCACAGCAGCGAGGCCUCACCGAGGGCGCUUGGCCCACCCGUUCUCCUGAGCCGGAGACUUUCCACACCGCUCUCGACGUUUCGAAUUGGCUGGACUCGGAAGUGGUCUGGGCCGGACCCACGUGCUGCGGUGUCCGGCUGCGCGCACCUGACUCUGGGGUCUGCAGGUCUCCAGAGCGGAAGCUGGACUCUCCGUCUGUGACUCCCUGACAGCUCCAUGUUUGAAGUGAACUGAAUGGCACUGGGCAGAGGCGGCCGAGCAUGCCUCUAACCUGCUGGCCCGACUCCCCUGCUGCCGUGGGGUCUGGGGAGCCAGCGGCGCCUGGUGGCCAGGAAGGUGGUUUUCCCGUGGAUCAUGUCACAGAAGGGAACCAGACCCCUCCAGCCUCGGCCCCGCCUGGUGAUGUGCAGGCAGGGGCCCUGCCGGAGAGCAGCACCUGGUGCCUCUCCCCCAAGAGUCACGGGCGGGGGGAGACCAGCCCCCGAUGGGCCCUGCUCUGGCGUCCCUGUCCUUCCUCCCCCGUCCAGCUGGCCCUCACCAGGGCCACUCAGUGCUGGACUCUGGCCGAGUCCUGGUCAGUGUCUUGUCCACUUGGAAAUGAGCCAGUCUCUGUGGUGCGAGGUCGGCUGACCAAGCCUCUUCUCAGUUGUACAUAGUUCUGUUUGGUUUGACGGGGUGGCGGGAGGGGGGAGCUCGUUGCAUGAGAGACGGCUGGGUCCCACCGGAGGCUGAGCAUGCGUUCUCUGCUGGCAGGCAUUGUGUCCCACGUAAAUAAGCACCUUGGUGACCACGCCCCUUCCACUAGCAAUGAAGGUUUCUGUUGGUAUUCAGUCACUGUAAAGGCUCGGGUUUAUUUUUGUAGGGCUUCACGGCUAGGUUAGAACCUGGCGGGGUGCUGCUGGACUGGGGUGGGCUGUCAUCACAAUAAACGCGCAAACUUCAAGACCCUGGA